GCCUUCCGGAGCCAAAAGCCUCUGCACCGGGUAGGGCCGUAUCACACAGAGCCAGAGGGCGAGGUAGCUCCGCGCACCCUCCAGGUGAACCCUCCCAAAGCGCUACACUCCGCCCCUCGCCGGCUCGCCUUUCCUGCCGGAGCUGCGGCCGGCCCCAUUUUCUUAUCACCAGCACCGGGGGAAGGAGCAGGGAUAGCUGGACGCCCGCAGCGAAGAAGGCACCGAGACUUCUUCCUCUCCGGGCGGGCCGCUGCUUCUGCUGAUUUGGGAUUCGGAGCCGGAGGGGAGCAGCAAAGGGUUCUCGCCAUGGCUUGCCAUCUCGGACCUGGGAUUUUGCUGCUCGUGAGCUGUGCCAUCUUUGGGAAUGGACUUCACAUAGAGAUUCCUGGAGGUAGAAACAAGCAGCUCCUUCAUUCGGAUGGUCACAUUAGACAGAAGCGGGAAUGGAUUGUCCCACCUGCCCUCCUCAACGAAGAGAGUGAAAAUAAGAACCCAAUUGCUAAAAUACGAUCUGAUCAUGAAGGUGAACCCGGGAUAGUUAUUACUUACACUAUUUCAGGCACAGGAGUCACCGAACCACCAUAUAAUUUGUUUGUGAUUAAUGGAAAAACUGGAGACCUGAACAUAACAAGAAUAGUUGAUCGGGAGCAAACGCCAAUGUUCUAUCUGAAAGGUUAUGCAAUGGAUCAGUAUGGUAAUCACAUGGAAAAACCAUUAGACUUGAGAAUUAAAGUUAAAGACAUAAAUGACAACUACCCAAAGUUUUCACAGUCAGUUUUUAUGGGCUCUGUUGAAGAAUUGUCUGAAGUAGGUGUUCUUGUGAUAAAGAUAGAAGCAACCGAUGCAGAUGAGCCAGGCAACCUCAACUCCAAAAUUGCUUUCAAGAUUAUUUCUCAAGAACCUAGCAAUCCGCCUGCAUUUGAAAUUAUCAGAUCAACAGGCGAGGUCCGGACUUCACAUUUUCAACUCGACAGGGAGGUGCAAAGUAGCUACUCCUUAAUUGUAGAAGCAAGAGACCGAGAUGGAGAUGCAAUAGGGCUUGGUGAACGGACAACGGUACAGAUCAAGGUUUUGGAUGUCAAUGACAAUAUCCCUUAUCUUGAAAAAAGCAUGUAUGAUGGAAGCGUCCGAGAAAAUACAGCUAAUGUGGAGAUUAUGCGACUGAGGGCCUUUGACGACGAUGAGCAGUACACUGAUAACUGGCUGGCAAACUUCACCAUUGUGUCUGGCAAUGAAGGAGGUUAUUUCCGUAUAGAAACAGAUUCGCAUACCAAUGAAGGAGUUUUGAUUCUGGUUAAGGAAAUUAAUUAUGAAGAGCUGCAGAACAUUGACUUGAAUAUUGUUGUUUCUAACAAAGCAGCAUAUCACAAAUCAAUUAUUGCUAAGGGCUUCCAAGCAAAACCAAUUCCAGUUAAAAUUAAGGUGGAAAAUGUGAUUGAAGGCCCUGUAUUUAAGCCCAACAGAGUUACAAUUCAAGCAAAUAGAACAAUGAAAGUGAACCAGGUUAUUGGGCGCUUUGAAGCUUAUGAUGAAGAUACCGGAAAGAUAGCACAAAACAUCAGGUAUGUUAAAGGCCAGGACAUUGCGAACUGGUUUACAGUAGACUCUAGGACUGCUGAAAUCAAACUUAACCGAGUGAUUGACUAUGACUCAUCUUUUCUUGUCAACGGUACUUACACUGCAACAAUUUUGGCUAUAAGUAAGGACCAGCCUCCAAAAACGGCUACAGGUACCAUUGUUAUUCAGGUACAGAAUACUACUCUCUACUGCCCGACCAUUGUGACUCCACGUCAAACUGUCUGUACCCAUGCAAAGUUUGUUAACGUCUCUGUUACUAAUCGAGGAGGUUAUCUAAAUCGUGGCCCUUUCACUUUCACUAUUGUUGAUGAGCCUGAAAGAGUGUCAGACAAGUGGAGGAUAAUCAGAGUGGAUGGAUCUAGAGUACAGCUUAUACCAGAGAAUCUGAAGCCUGGAUCAUAUGAAGUUCCACUGCUGGUGAAAGAUAACCAAGGUCUGAGCUGUCCCGAGUAUCAAACUCUAAGACUGGAUGUUUGUGAAUGUGCAGAAGGUGGUGGUUGCCGAGCAGCAAUCGUCGGCUCAUCGGUUUUUCUAGGACCUGCAGCGAUUGCUCUGAUAAUUCUGGCAUUGUUGCUGCUGCUGUUGGUGCCUCUCUUACUGCUGGCGUGUGGCUUUGGUGGAUCAGGUGCCUCAAAAGGCUUUGUGGCAAUACCCGAUAACAGCGAAGAAAUGUUGCGAAUAUGGAACAAUGAAGGGGCAGCCCCUGAAGACAAGGCUGCCGUCAGCCUAAGCCACAUGACUUCUGUGAACAACUCGGCCUCAGGGAUGGGAAAUGGAAAUGCAUCGUCAAGCUUAGGCGUGGCAGGAGGCGCUGUGGUUUCUGGCUCUUCUGCAUUUGGACAGCGUAACACCACAACCAUCGAAAGGCGCUGGGAGGAGGCCCGUACGUCUCAUGCACAUCAUGAAGGCAUGGAUUUUGGAGGGGGCUCAACCAUAGCAGGAGCAAGAGGAGUAGGAGGGGGAGACAUGGCAGCACAGAAAAUCCUGACAAUGGAUAGCAGAUACAUGGAACAUGCUGGAGCUGUGAAUGAAGAAUUCUUAAGGAGCUACUUCACUGAAAAAGCUGAUGCUUUUGCCGACGAGGAUGAAGGGCACCUCGCAAAAGACUGCCUACUCGUUUACUCUCAGGAGGAAGAAAGAGAUUCUCCCCAUGGUUCUGUUGGCUGCUGCAGUUUCAUUGAGGGCGACUUUGAUGAGCAUUACCUGGAUGACUUGGGAGAUAAAUUUAAGACUCUGGCUGAGAUCUGCAUGGGCAAACGCAUUGGCAUGGAAGCUGGACUACACACCUCUCAAGGCCUGAAAGACCCAACUCCUACUCUUGCAGCAAGUGAAUCUGAUGUGCAAUACUUGCAUCAGCAGAAUGCAGAGCACACCUAUACUUCAGGCUCUGGCAACCAAAUACCUGACGCCACAAAAGGCUUUGGUUCAGAAAUGGUGGCCGAGGAGACAGUAACUGAGACUACCUUUGAAUCUACACCUGGCUUGCAGCAAGUUAGACGUAUACCCAACCCUCUGGUUAGCAGCAGCAGCAAUGUUGUCGUGACAGAAACAUCUUAUGGGGCAAUACCCCCUCCAGUAAUCUUUGACCCCCAGUUUAAAGAGAAUGUGGUAGUGACAGAGAGAGUGCUUGCUCCAGGUUCUAACUUGCAGGAUGUGUUAGAAAUGCCUUCUGGAGCCUUUCCAGACCUUACAGAUUCAAACUACGUUGUUGUAAGGGAAAGGGAGAGGGUCCUUGUACCUAGUUCUGAGCUAAAGGGUUCCCUGAGCAUCCCCAAUUUAGCAGGAGGACAGAAUGUGGUAGUGACUGAGAGGGUGGUUACACCCACCCCUGGCAUGUGGGGCACAUCAGAGCAAGCCACCUACCCUGAGAGUGAUAGACAGGGACAAAUCUUGAUUGCAGAUGCUUUCUUUAACCAAGGCAGCACACAGGAAGCACCUCCCCCUGGUUCUACCCUGAGCAAGUCCUCAAGGGUUAAAUACAGCACUGUGCAGUACACACGCUCAUAGAUGGUAUGCUUUCAUCCAUAAGUUUUUAUUUGCAUUUAACAGUGGUAGGGAUUAGUGGUUUGUUUUCUCAGGGGCUAAAUGAAUUGCUUUCCUUUCCUUGCAGUAGUUUCUGUACAAGAAAAUUCACACAAAGCCCAGAGAAGAGAUACCGAGAUUAAGGAUGCAGUCCUAAACAGACUUUUCUAGGAAGUAUGCCCCACUGAAUACAGUAGCACCUCUGAGUAUAAGAUUCAUAGCAUUGCAGUGUAAAAGAAUUUGGAUUGUAGUAACAAGGAACUACUCCAGCUGCAUAGCCAGAAAGAUUGUAGCUAACAUCCUGAGCCUCUGUAUUCUAGCAUACAUUGCUAGAACCUGGGUGGCAGUCCAACUGGUUUAGUUGGUUAUCUGCAAACUUUAACUAGCUGUGUGAUCCUAAAUGCCUUGCUUCAAGAUUAAGUCGCUCUUGGAUUUGCUCCCUUGUGCGUUUAGCCCAAUAGCAAAGUAUUAACUUAAUUAGUCAUAUUGACUUCAAAGUUAAGUUGUCAAACAGUGCAAUCCUAAAUGUAUUUACUCAAAAAUAAGUCAGGUUGAACACAGAGGGGGUUACUCACUGGCGGAUGUGGUUAGAAUUGCAGCUUUAAAUGUACAAUACAGCUGAGAUGGCUUGUUGCUUGGGCUAUUUAAUAUCAACAGGAAAUACGUAUGUUCUCUAGAAGGGUAGGUAUUUCACUUCAUUUUUAAGUUGCUUUUCAAAAUAAUGUCCUUCUACAUAAAAAAAAGCAAAGAUGAGUGUAAAAAGAGGUGGAGUGAAAACAGGAAUGCACAGUCUAAUUUUCCUUCCUACGCUUAGCAGACAUUGUGCUCCUUUUGCAACAUGUAGGAUAAGCAUAGGUUUAGCCCAAGUUGCAGCUGCUGGACAGUACAAAAAUAUAACUUAAAACCAGAAACACAUGUGCUCAUCUGACAUCUCUGAAUCAGGAUCCUUAAGAGUUCUGAUGUAUUCAUUCAACUCUACUAGCCACAAGGGCUGUCCCAUUCAUUUCAGUGGAGGCAGCUGAUCCUUUCACAUAUUCAGUGAUUGGCUUCAUCCAUUGAAAUGAAUGGAACCCACCCAUGCAGGAUGGGUGCUUUUUCAAAUGCCACAAUCGUGCAGUAAGUAAUUUUGUGUAUAUCUGUAUAGUACAGCCAAUGUGGUGUAGCAGAGAGAGUAUUGGACUUGGACCAAGGAGGACUGCGUUCAGACCCCUUCCCUACUCACCCAUAAAACCCACCUAGUGCCUUAUAUUUUAUAUAUAUGUAUCUUACAUUUUCUCAGGCCCUUUUGCUAAAAGCAAUAAAUAGGAUUGGGUGUACUGCCACUGAACUAGGUUGCAUACACACCAUACAUUUUAAAGCACAACACACACCCUCAAAGAAUCCCAGUAACUGUAGUUUGUCUCUCACAAAGUUACGAUUCCCAGCAUUCACAACAAAUAGUUCCUAGGAUUCUUGGCAGGGGGUGUGUGCUAUAAAUGUAUGUUGCCCUAGUCCCUUUUUCCUCCGUCAAUUAUUCUGUACAUAUCUAUUUUAUAAUUCAAAGAAAAGCAAAAAUGAAUGGGAUGAAAAUGUAUAUAAUGGUAAAUGUAUUUUAAUCUUUUUGGACAAGAUAAACUUACAUUUAAGGAACAUUUUAUAUGACAGAAAUACUGCUUAUUUUAAGCUUUCCUUUGGUUUUAAUUCACAGUUUCACCUGUGGAGAGUUGUAUCUAAUGAACUGAGAUUUAAGACUGCACUGGUAGCUGUUGCAGAGUUUACAGUUAAUUCCCAUGUACCUUUCCAUUUGGAAUGGGAGUAUAGCCUGUUCAUUUUCAAGGGUUAAUCAUGGAAUUUGCAGAUCUCGAGCUUUGCGGUAAAUUUUUAUUUUAGAUAACAAGCUGUGGUUUUGCACUGAUCUCUAGUUUGAGGUGUCAAUGGAUUACAUUAUGUAUUUUUGUGGAAUUUCAAAUAAAAGGGGGAAAUUAUAA